AUGAGACAACCCUUUCCGACUACUUGGAAGGUUUACCUCCCCGGUCUGUUCGUCAUGGCGAUUUACACCUUCGUCAUAUACUUCAAUAAUACCCGCGGCAAUUUAGUGAAGGCGGGUCACGACUUUACGCCGAUCUAUUCUGAGGAGGGAAAACUGGAAGGCUUCACGCAUCCCGUGUUGGUGCGAGCAGGUGAUAACUACAGGAGUCGCGAGAACGCAAAAGCAGACUCGUCAUAA